AUGUCAAGCGAUAGUGAUAGUGAUUCUCAAGCAAAGCCUUCUCCACUUGCCAAAAAAGAGAACUUACUGGUUUAUGUACCGGAUCUCCCAAUAGAUUAUCCUGGUGAUGACCUGCAGGCCAAAGUUCAUAGCACUAUCGAGAACAUUGGACGGAUGAAACUAAAGAAUGUAAAAUGCUAUUUGAACCUUGGCGUUGCAGUAGUUACACUGAAUAACAAAGAAGAUCAAGGAUAUCUCCUAUCCAAUGGUCAAUCUAUGAUGUUCGACCGAGAACUUAAUAUAACUAUUUCAUUUGUUGAUACAUUAGAUUUGGACACUUACAUCGUUGUCGAUCAAACUAUAUCGAAGAUCCCUUCUCAAAAUGAUAUAUCUCGUCGGUAUAUGCAAUUAUACAAAACACCAGAGGCAUAUCCGUGUGAACCGAUAUCUACUCAAUUUCCGAAUAUUUUUCGUAUGCGCUUAAGCAAUCUAGAUGAGCUUGUAGCUGCAGCUGACGCGCCAGAUUUCAGAAUAGGGAAGAAUCAUCGUGCCCAAGUGUAUCCACGUGCUGAUUGUAGUUUUUUCGAAGAUUUACCUUCGAAUAGUAGUACUGAUAAAAUUGCUGAUGCUGUUGCAAUACAAAUUGGUGAAACAAAACUUCCCUCGACUUCCUUUUACAUACAGUAUGAUAAAGAAACAAGCAAUGCAGUUGUUAUAGCAACAAAAGCAUCAAGAAAAUGGAGAAGUCAAGGCUUUAUCGUCGUCGAUGGACGAAAUCUCUCGAAAAAAGCCAAACUAGCUUACCGAGUUAUUGUCUCCCCCGUGCCUGAUGGCUUUGAUGUCCAUCGUAUUCUGCAAAAUUCACUCUUUGCAGAUCAAGUGCAUAAUCAUUCUCUUGUCGAUAAUCAUCUUAUCAUCGAACUCAACGAUGUGAACGCUUACAAUCGUUGUAUAGAAAUCGGUGCAGUACGGAUGGAUAAGGAUAUCAUGAUGAUUAAACCGCAUAGAGUUGAUAGUAAUCCAAGUCAAUGCGAGAUUACUGCAGAAAAUUGGUAUGAAACAGCGAUGUUAGAUGCUGAACCUGAUAUCACAACCAUUAUGAAUAAUCUUCAACAUCCGAUUCUUCAUUAUAAAUGGAAUGCUCAAAAUUGGAUCGAACAGUUUAACAAAGCUGAAGAGAAAAGAAGUAAACAAUCGAAAUAUGAUCGGGUUUUACAUUUAUUACGUGUAACCGUUAUGCUCAACACCAUUGCGAUUCUUCGAAAGCAGAAGUAUGUUGUCGACGGUCGAGAAGUAACACUCAAUUUACAACGUUUGAAAACAAUUGGAUAUGAUCAUCGUUCGAAAUUACUCGAUGGAAAAACGAUAAUGCAGACAGAAUUGAAGGUUCCAUAUGAAUCAACAACAGUUCAUGUUGUUAUGGAGGAUUGUCUCAUAGUUUACGAGAAAUUAGCCUCACAAGGACAUAAACCAUUGUUAUUGAACAUGGCGAAUGCAACUAGUCCCGGCGGUGGUUAUCGGAAAGGUGAUGGGGCUCAAGAAGAAAAUCUGUUUCGUCGAUCGGAUUAUUAUCAAAGUUUGGACUUCGAAAUCGCCAAUAAAGAUCGAUCAGAACCACUUUAUUGUAACGAAAAAGGCGGUUUCAAAAAGCCGACCGGCUAUCGCGGCUUCUAUCCUAUGGAGCUGUUUGGUGCCAUUUAUACAUCUGGCAUAACUGUCUUUCGACAGAGAGAAAAGGAAGAAGGCUACGCAUACAUGGCUAAACCUCUUACAAACGUUUGUUCUGUAGCUAUGGCAGCUUUUCGAGACCCCACACUGAAUAAAAACAACAUGCUAGAAAGCAAAUUCGCCGUCAAUACGCAUAAAAAGAUCGAAAGUAUUUUCGCCAUCGGUUAUCAACAUGGACAUGAUUGUUUAGUUUUGUCCGCUUUCGGUUGUGGCGCGUUUAAGAAUCCACCUGAACAUAUUGCUUUACUCUUCAAAUCUGUCAUAACUCAAUACGCUGGUUAUUUCCAUACAAUUUACUUUGCUAUUAUCGAUGAUCACAAUGCUAAGAAUAAAAUCAAUCCGGAUGGAAAUUUUGCGCCAUUCCACAAGUGUUUAGAUAAUCAAGUUUUCCGUCCAGCAGCAAUACUGCGUGUCAAUGGAGUUUCCGGACCGUAUCGCAUUCUCAAUAAAUCGUCCGAUGGACAAUUAACACUUAGCGAUGUACGUAUUUUACACAAAACGCCGUGCCAUCAUGGAUCGAGAUGUCGUGAUCUAAGAAACACUCAGCAUUGUAAUGAAUACUCACAUCCACCUAUAUGUUCUCAUCAGAGCAUUGAGUCACCAUGUCAACAAAUGGACGAUGAAGUACAUCGAUUUACAUUUGAACAUAACAGCAAAUGUAAAUUUGGUGGCGAAUGUAAAGAUACUGAUCCGAAACACUUCAGCGAAUAUGAUCAUCCAGAUUUCUGUAAAGACGGUAACCAUUGUGUCCGUAUGAACAAAGAGCAUCUAUUUUCUUAUCGUCAUUUGCCGAUCUGCCGUAAUGGAAUGAAAUGCGUGGAGUAUUUAAAAAGAAAUGCAGAUCAUUGUACUAAGUACCGUCAUUGUAGAACGAUCUGCCCUCACGAUAAUUGCUGUGUACAAUUUCAUGAUAAAGAUCAUACCGAUAAUACAAUUCAUUCGUUUCGACCUCCUUGUCCAUUUACACCAUACAGUUGUCAAAAGUAUAUUAAAUAUAUAAUGCGCAAGGAAGGAGAAAAACUGCCGCAAGAUGUCGAAAACCAUUGUCUUACUUCCUCGCAUUUAUGUGCGUUCGGUCGACUAUGUAAGAAAAAGGACGACACACAUUUCCUAACAUCGAUUCAUAUUGCUCGUCAGCUUUGUCCCGAUGCAGAUGCAUGCCAAAGAAUUACUGAUGAACAACAUUUGGAGUCAUAUUCUCAUCCACACAUGCGAGAUUUUCGUCUGUUUUGUAAAUUUCCAGGUUUCAAGUGCCGCAAUCGGUUUGAAAUUGAACAUCUACGAAAAUUUCGACAUGGCGAUAAUCACAAUCAUUUAACCGUUGCACCAUCAAGUAAUUUGAAUUCUUCGAUUAAUUUCACCCUCAACCAAGGAGAUAUCAUUCGAAAACUGAAUUCAUACAUGGAUGCAUCAGGAUGGAAAAAAGCGCCCAUUUCUCGAGAAGUACGCAAUUGGAUACAAGCAUUACAACCUACACACCGUUGUAGCCCACUUAUUUUCGAGUCGAUUCUUGUGCUUGGCCAUGUUAUGAGUCGUCGGUACAUGGAGCUGCUAAAAAAGCCCAAAAAUGUCGCCAAAGCUGUACUACAACAUGGUCGUAUACGUCGGAUUUUUCUCGAACAUAGCAAUCCGGAAGUAAAACAGAAUGUGUAUGAAUUCAUUAAGCUUAUAGUUGUAGCAGAAUUCGCCAAAACAGGAGCCGAUGAAGUACCUCCGUUGGACGCAGAUCACGAUGUUCAUGUUCACAAUAUUGAAAGAAAAUUGAAGCCGCCACUUGAUGAUACGAGUAUUAAGGUUAUACACGAACGGGCUGUUGAAAUAGCGCAAGCAUCAAUUAAAUUAACUUCGAAACCAAUGGGCAUCGGAUACGAAGUUGAUACGAAACUCGGAACAGAUCAGCAUGUUUUUAGUAUAUUGGGGCCGCACCAAGGUUGUUAUUACGGUGAUAUCGUUAUUACAUUCAAACAAGAGAUCAUGUUACAUCCAGAUGCGAAUUUUUCCAUUCAUGCUGGAACAGGUUUCCAUAGUGGCAAAGCUUAUUUACAUCGUCCGUGGUGGAAAGAUCCGAAUGACGAAAAUCAACGUAUCAACUGUUUUCAUAGUGCUAAAUUACAUUGCUCUGUUCCACGCUAUGAAUCCGCAGCUGCCAUUGAACUCAUUGCUGUCAGUAGUAAAUCCCAGAAAUCAAUGGAUACCAGCCUUGACACGAUCAUCAAACAAUGGACAGCUGUUGACUCACAUUUCGUUUUCGAAGGACAUCUACCUCAAUUGAUCCCUUUAGAUUACAUUGAUAAUGUUUAUAUCCCAAAAAAUUUGUUUGAAGAAUUAAGUCCUCAAGCUCAACAUUCUGCUCGAGCAGUGUUUAAAGAAUCGUUGAUUUUAACUGACCAUAAAAUUGACCUUAAAUUGAUUCAACCAGGUAAGCUUGUUCCAUUAGAUCCGACUCGUGAGCCUUAUCUGGAAUUUAUACUUGAACAAAACAUUGAGAAAAUCAAACAACGAAUGGCAGCACCGCAAAUUUCUCGUGGGAUCAUCAUAACUGUUCCCGGAACGAGAUUUGACGAGCAGAUCGUCAUGCCAAUCACCGUAUCUCAAUCAUACCGAUUAUACUGUCUCGAUAACUCUCAAGCACCCAAUCAUCCAGAAUACACUUACGUGUAUUGGCAAGUCAUGAAUGGUGACAUGAUGUUAACAGUAUCCAAUAGAAUUAUCCAAUCGACUGACAAAGAUCAAAGUAAACUACGAUGUCUUAUUUGUUACGUUGCUGAAAAACCAUCCCAAGCAACAGAAGACUAUCAUGAAACUUACUCGUAUUUGAACGAUGGUGAUCCUGCGCAACAUUAUAAUAAUAUAUACAAGGCUCAGUUCAAAGCGAGAUCAAAUGUCUUCUAUCGUGGGUGCAAUACCGAUGAUUAUGUGACUUGUUGCUUAAAAAUUACUCAUCAAACAAAUGAAGCCACAUUGUCACAUGCUGGUCCAAACGGUAUUUACAAUUCUGAAAAACUCCAUUACCAAUUCGAUAAAUCAACAUUGGACUUAUCCAUAUUAGAUUACAUUCAUGUUAGUGCGGGCUCUCAAGAUGUUGCCAUACGUAAUUUAAUCAUUCGUCACGAACAACUGUCUGAACUGCAUCCAACAUCCGAUAAAGAUUUUACAAUCGAUACUUCUGGCCUAUUGAACCAACGACGUGCAUCCUUUGAUUAUGCAGCGAAUGUUGGCUAUUCCGGUAGUGUGCAAAAGAAAAGACCAGAGGAAUCUAGACCGAACAAGGUUUCAUCGCACGCACUUAUCCCUAUACAACAACCAAAAGUAGAGCCAACAAGUAUCUUUCAACGCAUUAAAACCGUACUAUGUUGUUCGUCAACAAAUAUUAUUCUGCCACAACCAAAUCCACCACUUCCAGCAAGAAGAACGGUUCCAUCCUCGACAGCUUCUUCAAAACUACCGCCUUGUCGUGAUUCGAUUUAUUGUUUACUGUUGGAAAACAAAGAUCAUACUGCUAAAUAUUCUCAUCGAUGCCGUUUCAAUGAAUUAUGUCGAAAUAAGGAUAAAGAACCUCAUCUCGUCCAUGAACCACACCGAGUACCGCAAUGUUCAGAUGAUCAAAACUGUUCUAAUCGAACGAAUCCUUUGCAUCGUGCUCAAUUUCGACACACAGGUUUACCCGAUUUUCUUAUACCAUGCCGUAAUCAAGAAAGCUGUUAUGGAAAAACUGCCGAGCAUCUCAUAAAAUACUUCCAUGGCGAAGCAAUUCCUCCAUUCCAAAAACACGAAGUAGCAGCAGUACGUCAUUUAAUUCCAUGCAGAUAUGGAGACAAAUGUCGAUCAGUAAAAGAUCCUCAGCACACAGCUAAAUAUUCGCAUCCAACGUGA